CUCACUAAAGGACUGUCUGACGAACGACUCUUAAGUGCACUUUGCGGAUUUUAACGUUAUUUUGCUUCAUUUUUCGACAGUGUUGGUUUCCAGCGACUGAAUACCUAAGAGUGUGACAAGAGUUUCUUUUUUCUUUUCUUUUUGCGCUGCAGCUGCUCGAUGAAUCCAAAAUGACUUUUACUAAAUGGCCACUGGUCGGAGCUUAGCGCUGAUCCUUCGAAGAGCACCAUGAGUGGAUGAAAACAAGCAGCCUUUAAUCCAGAAAGGAUUCCUCGUCUCUGUGAUAAGAGUCUACUAACCGUGUGUAAGGACCACAGGGAGUACAAGAAUCAAGUCAAGGACAGGUUCACCCCCCCUCCCCCUCCCCCCCCAGCCUGCAGGAAGAUGAGAAUGAGAAAAUAAAGCUCUGCAGAGUCGAGGAGCUUAAUGAAUACCAAGGAAUCUUAAAAACAAGCAUUUGUGUAUGUCUGUUUGAGAGGAUCCACCAACCAUGUGGACAUUAGAUGUGACUGUCCACUGUCUUCUGGCUGCUGCACUGCUAUUGGCUAGCUGCUUCCAAUCAGUGAUGGCCACUGAGGAUGAUGUCACGCCACGCAUCAGUUUCCCAUACAAUGCAAAGGAGAGGUCGGCCAAGAGAUUCUCAGUGGACGGCGUCUUUAAUUACACCUCUUUGCUGCUGAGCCAGGAGGACGACAUGCUGUACGUCGGAGCCAGGGAGGCACUAUUUGCCCUCAGCCUCUCGGACAUCAGCAAGACCAAGCUGCAGAAGAACCUGACGUGGGGCACUCCUGCUGGAAAGAGAGAGGAGUGCAGCUUCAAAGGGAAGAACCUAGAGACUGAUUGCUUCAAUUACAUCAAAAUUCUUCUGCGGCUGAAUAGCACUCAUCUCUAUGUGUGUGGCACCUAUGCUUUCAGUCCUAUCUGCGCCUACAUCAACACGUCAACAUUCACACUAGAGAGAGAUGACGUGGGCGAGGUUGUGAUGGAAGAUGGGCGCAGUCGCUGCCCCUUUAAUCCGGAGUACAAAUCCACCGCCAUCAUUGUUGAUGGUGAAUUGUACACUGGUACUGUCAGCAACUUCCAAGGGAAUGAACCAGUCAUUUACAAGAGUUUGGGUCAGGGAACUGCACUGAAGACAGAAAACUCUUUAAAAUGGCUCCAAGAUCCAGUCUUUGUCGGGUCAGCUUACAUCGAGGAGAGCCAGCCAAUCGGCAACCCCGUGGGUGACGACGACAAGAUUUACUUCUUCUUCAGCGAGGCAGGAAAGGAAUUUGACUUCUUUGACAACACCAUUGUGUCGAGGAUUGCUCGCGUGUGUAAGGGUGAUAAGGGAGGUGAGCGGGUGCUGCAGAAGAAAUGGACCACAUUCCUGAAGGCCCAGCUCCUGUGUUCCCUCCCUGAUGAUGGUUUCCCCUUCAACAUCAUCCAGGACAUGUUUGUCCUGAAGCCUAUGGGAGACAGCUGGGAGAGCACUGUGUUUUACGGUGUCUUCACCUCGCAGUGGUAUAAGGGAGCCUCGGGCAGCUCAGCGGUGUGUGCCUUCACCAUGGCUCAGGUGGAGAGAGCCUUCAGCGGGCGCUACCGAGAGGUCAACAGGGAGACCCAGCAAUGGUACACCUACAACCACCCUGUGCCAGAACCACGGCCCGGAGCGUGCGUGACCAACCACGCCAGGCAAAUGGGUAUCCAGUCAUCCUUACACAUGCCUGAUAAAGUGCUCAACUUUGUCAAGGACCAUUUCCUGAUGGACAGUGUGAUCCGCAGCGCUCCCCUGCUGCUGAAACGCAGCGUGCGCUACACACAGAUCGCCGUGCACAAGAUCCAGGGCAUGGAGAGGGCUUACGACGUGCUCUUCAUUGGAACAGAUGACGGAAAGCUCCAUAAAGCCAUCAAUGCCAACGAUAAGAUGCACAUCAUAGAAGAGCUGGUUCUGUUUCCUGAGCCUCAGCCUGUGCAACACAUUGAACUGGACCCUCAGAGGGGUCUGUUGUUUGUGUCGUCCUACUCUGGGCUGGUGGAGGUUCCUGUGGCCAACUGCUCCAACUACCUGAGCUGUGGAGAGUGUGUGUUGUCCAGAGACCCCUACUGCGCCUGGACCGGGCGGCUGUGUCGGGACGUUAGGAUGGCGCCGCCUGACAGCCACUGGCAGCAGGAUGUGGAGGAGGCCGACACAUCAGCGAUUUGUAACAAGACGUUUCCCAGCGCCAGAUCUGCCAGACCAGCAUCUUCUCGUGGUUCCCAUUGCCAGCUCGUUACAAUCCCAGCCAACACGUUCAGGGUCCUGCCCUGCAAGCUGCGGUCCAACCUGGCACAGAGGAGGUGGCGCUACAGCGACAGCGCCAGUCAGUUCCUCUACGCCACACCCGAGGGUAACCUGGUCGUAGUGGCUCAGGUCGACAGGAUGGAGACCUACGAAUGCUGGUCAGAGGAGGAGGGUUUCCGCCAGUUGUUGGCGAAUUACUGCGUGAGGGCAGAGCCCCGCCAGGAGAGCACCACUCUGAUCGGACACUCGCGGACACCACACUUUGAGCAAGAGGAGACCAUCAUCCUGCCCGGCGAGUCUCGCUCCGAGCAAGUUCACACGAAAACGUACUGGAACGAACUGAUUGUGGUGUGCGCCCUGCUGGCGUUCUCCCUCGUGGUGUUCUCCUUGUUCGUCAUCUACAGGAACCGCGACCAUAUGAAGUCCAUGUUGAAGCAAGGCGAGUGUCCGAACAUGCAGCAGAAGAAGCCGAGGAUAGUGGGAAAGCCUGCUGAGAGCUUGCCCCUCAACGGUAACACCAUCCCUGUCUCCACUUCAGAUCACAAGGGCUACCAGACGUUAAAUGAUAACUACAUCUGCAGCACGCCCACGCACGAGUCCUCGCCAGACAACAGCAAGAGCUUCUCCGAGUCCUCCGACAGGCGGCCGCUUAACCUGAAGGAGAGCCACGUAGAAUACUCCCCAACCUGCCCUCGGCCCAGAGUGAGGCUGGGCUCGGAGAUCAAAGACUCUAUCGUAUGAGAGCACUGUAAACGCUAAAAGAUGCCACCCUGUAUCUCCGUGAAGGAUACAGGCCACUGAGCGAAGGAGAGGAGAUGCUGACAUCCUCCUACAUCACAGCACAUCUUUUAUUUUAGUCAUCUUUGUUCUGUGAUCAUAUGCGGAGGUCAUUUCAUUUAACCAUUUCCACUCUGAAGCCAGAGGUUGGUCCGGUUUGCUGCAUGGGGCUGGUAAAAGAAGCAGCACAACAAUCCGGUUUCAACCAGGAUCACGAACCAUGGCAGCUGCUAAGAAUAGUUAUAAUAACACAGUCUUUUUUUGAGUCAAUCUCAUGGCCACUUACAGCAUAUGUGUGAGUGUGUGUGUGUGUGUGUGUGUGUGCAGGGCUGGGCAAUAUUGGGGAAGGAAAAAUAAAACGAAUAAACGCAUAAUAAACAGACCUUCCUCCUGUAUCAAUAUUUAUCACAGUAUCUCUUUAGAUAUGCAAGAUCCAACAUUAAAUUGUCUAGCAGAAGUCCAUCACAUGAUAUUAUACAACAAUAGACAAUGCAUUAUAAAUAUUGAUAUGUUGUCCAGCCCUAUUUGACUAUGUGUAACCCUGCACAUGGCUGCCAUACAUACUGUUAUUAUGCACACUAGAACCAAGCUACAGCUACAUGGAGACCAAGAGUUCAGGUUUAGGAGAAUAUAAUUAUAUGUUCAUAUUCAUUAUGAUCCACACAUUACAGAAGCAAGUCAGAAGCACAUUUGUUCCCUUUUGAUGAAUAAAUGUCAUGACUGUAAGAGGAUAAAGGCGAUGGGAGAUGAGGCAGACAAGGAGAGAAAACCACCCCUAAAUUAAUUCUGUUGGAACAACAUUGGAAAGGACUUCAAGAAAGAUCAUGAAAAGCUGUGAUCAGAAAUGACGCUCCAGGACCUAUUUACUGGCAUUUACCUCCUGAAUGUGAGCUGGUCAAACAAGGUCUGUCUCAGUCACACAAAACUGCACCAACUGGACAAUUUUAGGGAACCUGUUGCUCUACAUCUCUGCUCAUCUGAGACAGCCCUGUUCUUCAGUAUUGACCUGCAAGUACCAGGAUGAGUGAAUAAAGUGACUGACACACAGACAUCCCUGUUUCUGAGGCGAAUAUGGAAAAGAGACCUGGCAUUACAAAAGAGCCUAGAAGAAAAAGCAGGAGGAGGGUCGUCCACACCUCUACCAUGUUCAGGGCAGCACCAAAAUCAUCACGUGCACUGUGCCAAAAAACAAAAAUAACUUGAUUGUCUUAUCUAAAUGCAAUAGUGCCAUUCUGUCAUGACCACUCCCAUCUCAUGCAUUGUGUUAGCAUUGAUCACUGUCGAAGAGCACAUGAUGAUGGAACCAGAGUUGGGUUUCACAAAAGUGGCACUAAUUAUAUGUGUGGAAUGUGAGGUGCAAGUGGAAAUUUUCCAAGACUGUUAGUUUAUAAAAAAAAAAUUGACUUUCAUGUAAAAUCAGAAUUGGGGCCAAAGGUUAUGGCAUGGAACAUACUCCAAUUUUCCUUCAGCUACCCUUAAAGGAGUUUUAUCUGCCUUCUUAGUGUUCACACUGAAACAUAGAGGUGCAUUGAUCUUGAUGAGCAUUAACAAUAAAAACUUUUUGGAUAAGUGCUAAUAAGCCCACUCAAAGUCGCUGUAGGGGAGAGAUAAUGUUCAGUGGUCUCUUGUCCAGACUGCAGCCGUGCUGUGUAAUGAUGUAAAUGCACAGAGAGCGCUGUAUUGGUUCAAAAUAAGCCACACCCAGCAGGUUACAUUUCUUACAUACAUGGCAUCCACUACAGUCCAAUGUCAACACGUUGUUAAUGUGAAAGCACAAGUAAUCAGGGUGUUGAAAACUUACAGGUUUGCACAUUUCAGUAAAAGUGGAGCAUACUCUUAAGAAAUGCAACUACUGAGAGACAGAAAGAGUGGCUGCUAAGGAAAAUAAUUUUUAGAAGUCAGUUAUUACAGGGACCAGUGCAGCCAUUACAAACACACUUGCACCCACAUUGCUUAGACUUUUGAGACUUAUCAAGCAGAAUUUUCCAAAGAUGUAGGAAGCUGAUAGUGGUGUGUAAAUCUGAAUGAGAAACAUUUACACGGCCAUAGGGACAAUAUGGCACCACAUGUCUUAGAAUACAUCACCAGUUCACUGUAUUGAUCAAGUAUGCUUACAGUAUAUAUUCCAGUAUCACACAGAAUCAACAUUUUGCUAUUUCGAACACUGAGCAGAUGACGAAAUGCUAUGUAACUGCUACAAGUUGACAAAGUAAUUGCACAGCAUACUGCGCAACAGUGGUCAGUGUUUCCUUUUUUCAUUAGUUUUUGUUGUGUAUAUACAGUAUCUGUGAGUAAUAUUGUGUGUUUUUAAGGGACCUUGUGCAAGAUGUGUUGUAGAGAUAGUCUUGAAACUAGAGAGUGAACACUGCUGAUACUUUUUUUUUCCCCGUAAUGCUUUACUGCCUACUUCAGCAUACAUCUCAACUCUUGCACAGAAUGCAGCACAUUUCUCACCACGCUGUUUGUUCAGCACCUGGACUGGUUUUUAUCAAGCACAUCAAAGCAGAUAUCUGCUUUUCAUGUCAUACUGAAUUAAUGAAUAGUUAGAGAUAUCAUUAUUAUUAUAUUAUCUUAGUUCAGCAUAAAUAUAGACUUGGCAUAUAAUCCCUGAUAAAACAGUGAGUCUUCGUUUUUACAAUCAAGUUUUUGUACACGGUAGAAACAAAAACGAGGUACAAUAUUUUUUGUGUUGAGUGGAAGAUUUCAUUACAACUGGACAUAGCCAGGCUAAUUGUUUACCCCUGCUUCCAGUCUCUUGAUAAGCUAGCAGUUAGCCAGCUACUCAAACCAAAGUAGUAAUAGUAUCUGUUUUUAUUUUCAUGUCAUACUAAAUUAAAGGAGUACUUUUAUAUUGUAGGAAAUAGGUUUAAUCACCAUAUUAUUCACCAUAUUAUUGGCAGAUGAGAAGAUUGAUAACACUCUUGUGUAUGGCUAUGUUAAAUGAAGCUACAGGCAGCAUUUUAAUUUAGCACAAAGACUGGAAAUGGGGAACAGCUGGCCUGACUGUCAAAAUUUAACAAAAUUUGCACAUUACCUCCCAGGGGUCUUAUCACCUUGAGGUUGAAACUUGGAAACUCAGUCAUUGCUCUCAGCCAAGAAAUGGUCCAGCACAUAACCCCAUAAAAUGGCAAGUUUUUACACUUUGGUUUUUGUUCAGACUGAAAAAAAAGUGAUAUAAAAGUGAGCCCAGCCUUUUCCUCCUGUUUUCAGUCUUUAUUCUAAGCUAAGCUCACUGCUCUGCUGGCUCCAGCCAGAUGAGUAAUAUCAGACUUCUCAAAGUGUCUUACCGUUCCUUUAAUUUUGGUUGCUUACUUGUAAGUUCAAAUUAACCAGAGUAUGAUGUGUGCCAAUAGAUUCAAAUAAAAUACAUUAAAAAAAAAAAAAAAAA